GUCUAUCCUACAAAAAUUAUCCAGAGUGAAAAGUUUGGAUUUAAAAAAAUACUUUAAAACAUAUUAAGAGUGCUGUUAAUUUUUUUUAAUUUAGAAUAAAUCAAUUUUUCUGUACAACAUGUGCCAGUGAUUUUUUUUGCUGUUUUAUAAAUAAAUUUUGUUCUGUUGAGUUUGAAUAAAAAUGGAUGGAUUUACAUUAGACUUGGAUAAUGAAUAUGUGCUACGAAGAUUUGAUAAAAUUACUAAAUCACAGAUUGAUGAGAGAAAUUACAGAGGACUCGUGUUAAAAAAUCAAAUGAAGGUGCUUCUAAUAAGUGAUCCAACAAUAGAAAAGUGUGCAGCUUCUCUGAAUAUUCAAGUUGGUUCAAUGAAUGAUCCUAAAGAUGUUCAAGGACUUGCUCAUUUAUGUGAACACACAUUAUUCCCAGGAAAUAAAUAUUAUCCGGAAGAAAGAAAUUUUCAUACUUACAUCUUACAAAACAAUGGUUCAACAAAUGCCUCAACUGGUCUCGAUUAUACAAAUUAUUUUUUCGAUUUAAAUUUUGAAAAUUUACCAGAAGCUCUAAAUCGCUUUUUGCAAUGUCUUUUAAAUCCAAAAUUCAACGAUCACAUCAUAGAGGAAGAAAUAAAUGCCGUUCAUUCUGAAUUUGAGGAGAAUUUACUGAAUGACGAUUGGCGUUUAGAACAACUUGAUAAAUUUUCAGCAAACCCACAGCAUCCGUAUUCCUACUUUAAUAUUGGCAACAGAGUGAGUUUGGAAAUAAUUCCCCGAAUGAAGGACAUCAAUCUAAGUGAGGAGUUGGAGAAUUUUUACAAAAAAUGGUAUUCUGCGAAUAUUAUGUCAUUGUGCGUUGUUGGCAGAGAAAACUUGGACGAACUUGAAAGAAUGGUUGGGAAAUUAUUUGCUGGGGUUGAAAAUAAAAAUGUAAAAGUUCCCGAGUGGAGGGAAGAUCCAUUUUGUGAGGAACAUUUUCAGUGUAAAUGGUACGUUGUUCCGAUAAAUAAAAGAAGACAAUUGAGUAUUAGUUUUCCAAUUCCGGAUAUGCAGGAAUAUUAUCAAUCCUCCCCGACGAUUUAUUUAUCGCAUUUAUUCAGUCACGAAGGCAAGGGAUCAUUGCUUUCAGUAUUAAGAGCAAAAGACUGGUCUGAAGAUUUAAAUUGUGGAAAAUCACAACCUUGUAAAGGUUUUGCCUUCUUUAGUCUCGAAAUAUUACUCACUGAGAAAGGAAUUCACUGCAUCGACGAAAUAAUAACACUUAUUUUUCAGUAUAUAAAUAUGAUCAAGAAUUCUGGACCUAUGCAAUGGAUUUUUAGUGAGUAUGUGACAAUACAAAAGAUAAAUUUCAAUUUUAUGAAAAAAUAUUCAUCAAUUUCUCAUGUUUGUGCAACGGCACAUGACAUGCAAGUGUAUCCCAUCGAGGAAGUGCUGAGCGCUCCAUAUUAUUUAACAAAAUGGGAACCACAACUUAUUAAUCAAGUGUUAAAUAAUUUAAGACCCGAGAAUAUUAGAGUGAAAAUUAUGGCACAUAAUUUUGAAAAUAUCACCACCGACGUUGAACCAUGGUAUAAAACGAAAUUUGAAAAACAAAAAAUACCAGAAUUUGUUAUUCAACAAUGGACGUUUGCCGAUGAUAAUUCUGAUUUUAAAUUACCCGAUAGAAAUGAAUUCAUUCCUGUGGAAUUUGGUUUGAAGUUUCAAACUUCCGUUGUGGAGAAAUUUCCGAAAAUGAUUUAUAACACUUCAAUGGUGAGAGUUUGGUACAAGCAAGACCAGGAAUUUCUCCUGCCAAAUGGAAUCGUAAUUUUUCAUUUUGAUAGCUUUCUGGUAAAUCUCGAUCCGGAGAAUUUUAACAAUUGCGUCAUGUUUAUUCGAAUGGUGCAAAAUACCAUGUCUUCCUUAACUUAUUCGGCAAAAUUAGCUGGUUUGAAAUGGGAAAUUAUUAAUGAUAAAAAUGGUAUAACGUUAUACAUUGAGGGUUACAAUCAGAAGCAAAUGCUUCUCUUAGAGAAAAUUCUGGAGAAAAUGAUAAACUUCGAAGUGGAUAAAGAAAUUUUUGAAGCACUGAAGAAAACGUUCAUCUUGGAAGUAAAAAAUAUAGGCGACGAAUUAAAUUUGAACGCAAUUUCUAAUUUGGAAAUUCUCUUAAAGGAAAACUUGUGGAAUAAAAAUGAUCUGCUAGACGCCUCUGAUUGCCUAACCUAUAAAAGUUUACGAAAUUUUGUUUCACAAUUAUUUAAAAGUUGUCACAUUGAAUCGCUAAUCUAUGGUAAUUUCACGAAAAAAGAAGCUAAAAAGUUUGCUGAACUUGUUGAAUUAAAAUUAAAAAAUGUCAAUAAAUUGCGAAGGGAGAAGAUUGCACCUUUAUUGCCGAAAAUUUCCGAAGAAGCUGUAACUUUAGAACCAGGUUGUUCUUAUUUCUACGAAAUAAAUGAUGACAAGAAUCUAAUUUUUGGCACAUUGAUUUUCUAUCCAAAUGAGAUGGAAAUGAAAGUAAGAAAUGUAAUUGUUGAAUUAUUUGCGCAAAUUAUUGUCGAACCAAUUGUCAGGAUAUUAAGGGGAGAAAAAGAAUUGUUUAAGGCUAGUGAAACUAAAAGUGGAAUAAAUAAUUCACGAUUCAGUAUUUAUUUGCAAAGUGAUAAAUAUCAAUAUUAUGAGUUGAAUUUGGAAAAUUAUAUGGAAACAAUGAAGAUGUACAUUGAAAAUAUGACAAACGAGAAAUUUAACAAACAAAAGGAAUUAAUAAUUGAAAGAAUGUUGAAAGAGCCGGAAACAAUGUCAGAAAUGUCUGCUAUAUUUUGGAGGGAGAUUUCUUCAAAAACUUAUGCUUUCGAUAGAAGGACUAUUGAAAUUGAGUGUUUGAAUGUAAUUACAAAACAGGAGAUUCUAGAUUUUUGUAAGUGUUCUUAACUUAUUGUACAAUUUUAAUGUCAGUAAGAGCGCUUCUUACUGGAUACUUUUAACAGAGUUGUCACUUAAGAGAAUGCUGCUAAUAAACGUCGCAUAUCCACUAUUGAAAGAUAUUGGAAAAU